CAUCGCCUUCUCUUCUCCCAUCCCUGAUCUCCUCCUAAAAGCUUCGAAACCCUCAGUCUCCUUCAAAAAAAUGGCGACCAUGGCUACCUCCUCCCUAGCCUCCAAGCCCAAGACCUCCCUCCUCGACCACCACCACCACCACUCCUCCUUCCACGGCCUCGCCCUCCCCUCCCGCGUCUCCGCCGCUGCAGCCGGCCGCUCCCCGAAUUCACGCAGCCUCUUCAUCUCCGCCUCCGCCGCCACCCCCAAGUACGACCUCAACUCCAUCCGCUUCGACCCCAUCAAGGAGUCGAUCGUCUCCCGCGAGAUGACCCGGCGCUACAUGACGGACAUGAUCACCCACGCCGACACCGACGUCGUCGUCAUCGGGGCCGGCUCCGCGGGGCUCUCCUGCGCUUACGAGCUCUCGAAGGACGCCUCCGUCCAAGUCGCCAUCGUGGAGCAGUCCGUCUCCCCCGGCGGCGGCGCCUGGCUUGGCGGCCAGCUCUUCUCUGCCAUGGUGGUCCGGAAGCCCGCCCACCUCUUCCUCGACGAGCUCGGCGUCCCCUACGAUGAGCAGGACUCGUACGUGGUCAUCAAGCACGCGGCGCUGUUCACCUCCACCAUCAUGAGCCGCCUCCUCGCCCGCCCCAACGUCAAGCUCUUCAACGCGGUGGCGGCGGAGGACCUGAUCGUGAAGGAGGGGAGGGUCGGCGGAGUGGUCACCAACUGGGCUCUGGUGUCGAUGAACCACGACACCCAGUCGUGUAUGGAUCCGAACGUGAUGGAGUCCAAGGUGGUGGUGAGCUCCUGCGGGCAUGAUGGCCCGUUCGGAGCUACGGGAGUGAAGCGGUUGAAGGACAUCGGGAUGAUCGACUCGGUCCCGGGUAUGAAGGCGCUCGACAUGAACUCGGCGGAGGACGCGAUCGUCCGCCUCACCAGGGAGAUCGUCCCCGGGAUGAUCGUUACCGGCAUGGAGGUCGCCGAGAUCGACGGCGCCCCAAGAAUGGGACCGACUUUUGGGGCGAUGAUGAUAUCGGGGCAGAAGGCGGCGCAUCUGGCGUUGAAGGCUCUGGGGAGGCCGAACGCGUUGGACGGGACCAUCGGAACGGAGCAGGUGCAUCCGGAGAUGGUGUUGGCCUCAUCGGACGGUGGAGAUGUGGUGGAUGCUUAGAUGGAGUUUGUUCUGAAGAAAUGAUGUGAAGGGAAUAAUAUAUCACUGAGAGUGAGGGAGAGGUUGUGGGUCUGUGGAUGGCAUGGUGGGCUGUUGUUUUGUUUUGUUAUCUGAGGAGUGCAAAGAAGUGUGAAACGUCUGUUCUGGUCUUUGCUGCCGGUUCCUUGUUGUUAAUAAUAUGCUACUCAGCUGGUUGUUAGUGAUAUGCCUUUUC